UGUGGGGGUUUGACCCAGUUUCCGCGUAAACAUGGACGUGGAAAACCACAAACUUCCCGUUAUUUUUACUAAGACCUCGGAGCGUAUGUAAGCACACCGUAUAUGAUUUUAGGUUUGCAUGAAUGUAUAAACGCGUGCUUUGAUGUUUAUAUCGCGGAGCGCUGAACCGUUGCGCUUGUCACGUGACUGUGGGCGGUCCCCGCGAUCAUAACAAACAACUCGCAGCAGAGACGCGAUGUUUUUAUGAGGGUCGUUGCUUUUUAUUUUGUUUCUGCUUUGGAUCAGGAAGUGCAUGUUGAUCAUAUCCACCUCGAGCAAUAAGUGCGAAGAUUUCAAUCGAAUGGAACAUGUCUGUGACACCAGCAGAGCGUUGUUUUGAGCCACUGGAGGAGCAGGAGGACGUUAAACCUGUGGCAUUGGUUCGUCGGAAUCUGUUCGGUCCCGUGGAUCACCAGCAGUUGCAGCAGGACUUUCAGAGACUGAUAAGCAUGAGUGUGGAGAUCGCGAAGCAGCGCUGGAACUUUGACUUCCAGAGGGACAAGCCGGUCUCCGGCACCAUCGAGUGGGAGGAGCUGCCGUGCCGGGAUGUGCCGGCGUUCUACCAUAGUUGUGUGGUGAGGCCUGAUAUGCCGAGGAUUAGAGGUGGUACCUUCACACGCUCACCCACAACUGAUGCAACUGAAAAAUAUCCGGAGAGGCGUAGUAGAGGAACUUUGAAAGGAACAAAACCAGAGCAGAGAUUUCUGAGAGUCAAACGGAAACAAGCAAACAUCACAGACUUUUUCAGAGUGACCAAGAAAAGGUUUCUUGAUCAUAAAAACUCAGGAGAGUAAAUACACAAACCACAAAACUUUACUGGAUCAUUUUUGGUUGUAUAAAUGUAUAUACAAUAUCUGCACAUUGUUCCGCUAACAGUUAGUUUUGUAUACUUAUUACGUUUUUUACAUUUUUUAAAAAGUUAAUAUAUUUUCUGCAUUAUAAAUACUUACCCCAUAGUAUAUAUAAGAUAUGAACACUGUAUAUAAUAUUACAGUGAAUCUCCCAUUUUUUUUUAUUAUCUGUAAAACAACAUGGAACCAUAAUAUAUCAUCUAAAUGAUUUUGUAGGUUACUUUUGAGAUCAUUCAGUAAAUAAAUUCCUAUAUAUUUAAUUGACUUACAAGCUUUUUAAUAUAUCUAGUUUAUUCAAGGGUUUUUUAUUCACUUAUUUUAUAAUUUAAUUAAAAUUAUCUAAAGAAAUCUUGAUACCAUAUUGUAUCAAUCAAAUCUGAAAAGAACCAUGGAAUAAGUAUUUAUAAUGCAGAAAACAUAUUAACAUAUACUGUUUCAAAUACUGUGAAAGUCUGCAAAAUGCACUAUAAAAUGACUGUUUGUAAAGCUUUUGGUGAUCUUGUGACAUAGCAAUCAUUAAGAUUCCAAAUGCAAUAGAUAUAUAUUGUACACAGUAUUUUGUAACUGUUGUUUGUAACAAUCAUUUAAUGUCCUGUAAUUAUUUUGUUAACACUUAACAAUAAGAUUGUAUUUGUUAACUUUAGUAAAUGCAUUAGCUAACAUGAUCGAACAUAAGCAUUAUAGUUUACAAUUAUUCAUAUUAGUUCAUUGUGACUUAACUAAUGUUAAAUAUUAAUCAAUUCUGCAAAACUAUAUUGUUCAUUGUUAAGUAUGUUAGCUAAUGCAUGCUAAAUUUAACAUGAAGUAAAAUUAAUAAAUGCUGUAAUAUUGUUUGUUGUAAAUUCAAAUUAGCCAAUGCAAUUACUAACGUUAACAUAUACAACUUUAUUGUAAAGGGUUACCAUUCAUUUUACUUAUUUUAUAUCUAAAAAUGCAUUAUAAAUUGACAAUGCAAAACAUUUAUAGGAUACAAGUAUCUGAGCCAUUAAUUUAGUUUAAAUUUGUUUGGUGUAUUAAUAACUAUGCUUUAACAGACUCACCUAGCAAAAUACAUAUGCUACACUUGGAUCUUUUUGAGAUUAUCCAAUCUUAGACUUUUAUGAAACACAAAAAAGUGUACCCGAGCGGUGUCUUAAGGGAACCGUUCACAUUUUGCGUCUAAAAGCUGAUUGGUUGGUUCUUGUCACAUGACCUGCGGUGCAUGCACGGCAUUCUGAAAGUUGAAACAUUCUCAACUCUGUGUUGUGCCAUUGCACCUGGAAAAAAAAAGAGCACUUUGCUCAUUAUUUAAACACGAUUGCCACACACCUACAUUUAACAAUAACGUACUUGCGCAUGCAAAAGACGCAAAAUGUGAACGGCCACUUAUGAGGCUGAUUUACAACUACCUUUCCUGUUUUUCAUCACAUAGAAAUCAAAGACAUUUUACAUCUCUUGUUCAAUUGUUUCAUGUUUUUGUUGGAUUAUUUUUUAAUGUACCUACUCAAAUGUGUGUGUUAAAUCAGUUGAAGGUUAUAUCAGAUGUUAAUAAGGCAGCUAUUUCAUUUAACCAAAGUAUUUGCUCCUGAUAAGUAAAGCCGCUUCUGGACUUCUGUUAAAGGAUUAAAUGAAGUCACUACAUGGUACCAUGUGCUCAGAAACUGAACACCAGACUGCAUUCAAAGCUCCGUUCAUCUUAAACACACUUUCAGAGUUUUUUUUCAGCUUUGUAUAUCUUUUCAAAUUGUAUUAAUUGCCUUAAAAUAGUUCUCUACCUCAAAAUUUACAAAUAUCUUUAUUGAUAUGCACUCACACAUAUAAGAAAACAUUGUAGCAUUUGUUUUUGAUCUUUGUAGCAGUUUUAUUUUGACGUUACACGAUGAUGUACUUUAAAUGUCCCAGUUUUCUUUUUUAAAGUGAUUCAUGUUUGCUGUGUCAUUUUGUUUUUGCUAUAUAAAAAGUGCCUCUUGAUGCCACAUGUUAAAUUUUGCACUAUGUCAACCUGAUGUCAGAAAGUGACGUUUACCAUUCAUCAUGUCUCAAUGCAAUAAAUGCUUUGUAUUGUAAUUAAUGCAUGGUAUUUUGUCAACUAUUAUCCAGGUAUAGUUCACAGUGAUUGUAUGUUACGAAUAUGUUAAAACAAGUUGAUUUAACAAAAAUUAUGUAUAUGCAAAAGUAAACCAUAAAAAUUAUGUUUAAAGCUA